GAGCCGAACGCAGGUUUGUCAAUUCGGAACAAACCGAGGUUUCUUUUAACACCGUUCUACGGAAAAGCCACGAGACAAAACUGCGGCUCUUUGAUCGCCAGAAUUAGCUGGGCAACAUGCGUGAGAAACGGGACCAGUCAGUGACCAUGUCACUGUCCCCGCCAAAGGGGUGAAGUCUGGCCACACCCGGGAGAUUUUAAACUUCCCAGAAGACCCAACCAGAUCAAGUUACAGUGAAGAUGAAGCUUCUUUCAUUCUGUCCUAGCUCUGCAGUGAGCACUUCUCUGCCUACUUUGAUCAUUUUCUUCAUUAUUUAUCACAUUCACAAGCUGGAAUCAGCCCAGUUCAAUGUGACAGGUCCUGGUCACCCUGUCACUGCUGUUGUGGGUGAGGCCACUGUGUUACCCUGUCACCUGUCCCCCAGGAUGAGCGCUGAGAACAUGGAGGUGAGAUGGUUCCGAUCUGAUUUCCUUUCAUUUGUGCACCUGUAUCAGCAUGGGAAGGAUCAAUACGGGAACCAGAUGCCAGACUAUCGUGGAAGGACAGAGCUUUUGAAAGCUGGCAUCACGGAUGGGAAUGUUUCCUUGCAGAUUCUUAAUAUCAGACGCUCAGAUGAAGGACAAUACCACUGUUUUGUUCAAGACGGUUCUUUUUAUGAGGAAGCCCCAUUGGAACUGAAGUUAGCAGCUUUGGGCUCCAAUCCUCUCAUCUCUGUGGAGAGCCACCAGGAUGGAGGGAUCCGGGUGGUUUGUCAAUCGGCUGGGUGGUACCCAGAGCCCAAGGUGCUAUGGAGAGAUCGCAGUGGGCAAGAAUUACCAUCACUGUCUGAAGCAAAAUCCCUAGGGGAUAGUGGCCUGUUUGAAACAGAAAAUUCUAUUAUUAUAAAAGACCAUUCAAACCAGAACCUGUCCUGUUGGGUCAGGAACACCUUUCUCAAUCAAGAAAAGGAAUCAACAGUUUAUAUAGCAGAUUUCUUUUUCCCGAAGGUGAAUCCAUGGAUGGUGGCUCUGAGUGUGAUUCUCCUGGUUUUCUUUGUUUGUUUCAUUGGCCUCACUCUUUAUCUAUUUAAAAUGAAAGGGAAACAUCUUGGAGAAAUCAGGAAACGUGAUACAGAAAUCGAUGAUCUUCAGCGAGAACUUGACUGGAGAAGAAACAUCGUCUGCCCAGGUAACUACAGCUCCUAUUGCAUCGCUAUCCAAAGCUCCCCCUCCCUGAGACUUCCAGUCCCUUUUUCUCAUACAGUUAACAUUUUGCAUUUUGCACUGGAGUUCUUUUGUACACACUGGAAACUCAGAGGAUUCUCACGUACCGGGGGUAGCCGUAUUAGGCAUAAGCUUUUGUGGGUAAAAAACCCCACUUCUUCAGAUGCAUGGGAGUGAAAGUUACAGAUGCAGGCAUUAUAGAAUGAGACAUGAAGAGAAGGGAGUUAUCCCACAAGUGGAGAACCAGUCUUGAGAGGGCCAAUUCAUGGGGAUGUAGUCCACUCCCAAUAAUAGAUGAGGAGGUCUCAAUUCCAAGAGAGGCAAAGCUGCUUUUGUAAUGAGCCAGCCACUCCCACAGUGGGAAAGUCACGAGAGUGCAAAGAGGGAGACACAUCGGGAUUGGGAAGGGCCCAGAAGACUGAGGGAUGGGGCAGCGUUUGGAAGGGGCUGGAGGGCCGGCAGUGCCUGGCAGGAACAGGAGGGUGGGGAGAGCUGCAGGCCCUCAGCUGAAUGGGGCUGGUGCAGAGGCAGUAGGAGUGGGGGCAGGUGGAAGGGCCUGGAGGUUGGGUGAUGGUGGCUGCUUGGAGGGAACAGGCAGGUGAGUUGCUGUUUUCACACUCACAGCAAAUUCUCUGUAACCUUUCACGUCCUGCUGCCCUGGGCCUCCCCUGCCCCAUCUCCUUCUCAUCCAAUAUGCUUUUCUCUCCCCUCUGGGAUCCCUUCCUUCAUGUCUCCAUUCAUCUCUCUGCUUGCUCUCCCUCCUUCCCCUCCCGCUCCUUCUCCCCCAACACUCCCCUUGCUCUCACGUAGGCCAAGGGCACAGGGAUGGGCAGCAUCUGUUCUUUUCUCCCAGCGAUGAUCUCUCUCACCUGGGAAUAGGGUGUUUAAGAUGGGAAACGGCAGGGAGAGGUGACACGGGUCAGUGAGCACUGAGCAGCGGGAGCUCAGUUUCUCACCACUCCCGUGGGGCCCCCCAGUAACACCUGGGUCUCUAGUCCCCUCCCUGGAGAGAUGUGGAGCAGGACAUGGAAGAGCCUGAGUCCCACACUUGGCUCAAGUGACCCUUUUGCUGCAGGGCCCAUCUCUGCCAGGGGUGUGACUCUCCCCUGCAUUGUGCUGAUAUCUCAGAGCUGCUCCCCAUUCAGAGCUGACGGGUAAAUCCUGCAGGAAGGAGAUUCCCUCGUUCACUCUCCAUCUGGGGCAGAUUCUGUCACUAAGACCACGAAACCCUCCCCCAGGGCCAAGCUCUGCCCCUAACGCUCUGAUUCUCUCUCCCCAGUGAAUGUGACUCUGGAUCCAGACACGGCUCAUCCCCAACUUGUCCUGUCUGAGGAUCGGAAAAGUGUGAGAUGUGGAGACACGCGGCAGCAACUGCCCAACAACCCUGAG